UCAGCCAGCUUGUACAACAAUGCAGCCCUUUUCUGUAAUCUUUUUCUUUGCUUUAAUAUAUCUCACAUCAGCCUGGGAUGAAAGAAUUAUCCCUGCUAAUGGCACCUUUGCAAAGAGAACAAGUUGCAAUACAAUAUCUGUAACCAAUGGAGGACCUUGGGGUGAAUGGACAUGGGUUGACAUGUGUCCAAGACGAUCACUUGCUGUUGGCUUUAGUAUAAAGGUACUGGAGGAUGGAGGAGCUUUUAAAGAUGACUCUGCACUCAAUGGUAUCCGCUUAUAUUGUUCAAGUGAACAGAGGAACAACACCAUAUAUUACAUUGAAUCUGAAUCUGGAGAAUUUGGGGAAUGGUCACGGAUCAGAUGGUGCCCACAAGGAAGUGUCUUGCAUGCCUUCCAGCUGAAAGUUGAACCUUAUGCAAUACGUCUUGACAACACCGCAGCAAACAACAUCAAAUUCCGCUGUAGCAAUGGUGUUUCUUUAGAAGGACCCGGUGGCCCUUUUGGUGAUUAUGGUCGAUGGAGCCCCAUCUGUCCUAAGGGUGGAAUCUGUGGCAUUCAGACCAAGCAGCAGCCAUACCAAGGCGUGUUUAAAGAUGAUACAGGCUUAAAUGAUGUUCGCUUCCCCUGCUGUGAAUAAAUGGUCUCUAUUGAGCUCUUUUGCACAAAUAGUUGCCUGCUCAAGGAAUGUGCACAGAUUUCUCAUUUGUGGUAUUUUAUCCUCUAAGUUUCUAUCCUCAAAGUUUUGACUACCCAGUGUGGUGUAAUGGAUAGAGUGACCAACUA